AACCACACCUCGGAUUACAUCACCCAUUCCGCAAUCCCAUGACAUUUUCGCAUUUCUCAUCAACUGCCUGCCCCCGUUGACCACCUCUUCUACACACCCACUCCACAACCAAAAUGUUCUCAAGGACGUUCCUCCGCUCAAAUUUCGCAAGGCAAGCCGUCCGGCCGGCGGCGCGCCCAAUCGCCUUCCGGGCCCCGCUCCCCUUCCUCACCCAGCACCGCCUCAUCUCCGACGAGACGAAGCAGGCCAUCGAAAACGCCGUCGGCUCCGCGCCCGUCGUGCUCUUCAUGAAGGGAACCCCGGAGACGCCGCAGUGCGGCUUCUCCCGCGCCUCGAUCCAGAUCCUCGGCCUCCAGGGCGUCGACCCCUCCAAGUUUGCCGCCUUCAACGUCCUGGCCGAUCCCGAGCUGCGUCAAGGUAUCAAGGAGUUCUCUGACUGGCCCACGAUCCCCCAACUCUACGUCGACAAGGAGUUUGUCGGCGGAUGCGAUAUCCUGGUUUCCAUGCACCAGAACGGCGAGCUGGCCAAGCUUCUCGAGGAGAAGAAGGUCCUUGCCGAGACCGAGGGCGAGGGCGAGAAGAAGGAGUAAGAGGAGGGAAUGCUAGAUAUCCCACGCUGGAAAAGCGUUGGGGACUGUACAACUGUAUCAUACCAAAGGAAGGGGCAAGCUACGCGUGGAUCAUGGCCGGAGGAAAUAGAGUGGUAUUUAUUGGCAAAGACCUAAACACUUUUUAAUUAUGUACCCCUUUUUAUCCAGUCGAAAAUCGUGUUCAAAUGAUGAUGAGGUAGGUAAGCGCUGCGAUGCUAUCUCUAUUCCUAAUAGGCGAUCAGAUGAAGCC